AUGAAUUACACUUUAAAUGCAAACUUUCUGUCGCCGAGUCGAGCACUGACUCCUUCACGAAGGAAACCACAACAACGAUCUUUAGCGAUAGGUGGUCGAACAACAGCAAGUCCGAUCAACAAAAAUUCCUCGCUCCAUACCUACGAAUCAUCAAAUAAUCACUCGAUAACAAACACGGAAACAAAUUCGGGAUUAGCAUCGACCACAAAAACAGAUGAACUUUCGAACACUGAAAGAUUAUUUCGAUCAGCUGAAAAAUCAAACUCGACUCUGAAAUUACCAAAAAGCAGUAAUAACAUUCAAGUUUCUCCUCAAGCAACACGUCGAUGUGAUUAUUCAGUGUUCGAACCAAAUGAAAUUGCCAAUACGAGAUUGGAACGACAUGAAAAUAAUUUUAAUAAUUUAUCACCGAAAAGCUUUUUCAGUCCUGUCAUGAAUAAGGGCAGACAACUUCAUCAUCAAAACGAUCCCAACAACAUCAUGUCACCUCUGUUUGCCGCUCAACAGGUAACAAAUAGUGACAGAAAAGAAAAUAAUCUUUCUCUUGAGGAUGCAUGGCACGAACGAAUCAAACAAAUUCAACGAGGAGUUCAUGUUUUUCACACUUUUUUUGAAGACCACGACAGUAAGCGAGGCGACUCUCAGAAUCAUUCUUUUGAAGCGACGUCGAACAGCCCCACAUCGAAUGAUUCUCCAAUUUCCUCGCAAUCCAAACAUUCCCUUCCUAAAUCUGGAUCUAAAAGAGGUGUCGACUCAGAACCAACAUGCUUAUUUUCACCUCAACCCUUCACACCAUUUCCAAAGAAUGUGGUCAACCUACAAACUCCAACUCCGUUCAGAAAACAUUCGGGUGACAUUGAAAAAUAUAAGCCCCUCAUUAAUAGAGAACAAACUCCUGGCGGAGAUUCUCCCUUCUUGGAAAAUUUUGAAAAGAAUAAGCAUGAUGGCGAUUCAGAUCAUGAUUUCGAUCAACCAUGCUCCCCUUCGUUUCCAAUCCCAAAUCAUGAAGAAGCAGCCGUAACCCCACAGGUUGCUGUGAAAGGACAACAACAUCAACCAGUGAAACUGACCUCCCAACAAUAUGUGACAUCACCAAGCAUUGUAACUUCUCGACAUGUUGAAGAAUCUGUAACUUCAAUUGCAGAGAAGCCGUAUGAUGAGAAGUUGAACAGCAAGACUCCCACCUCUCAAUUCAAGUCACAACGACCCAACAACACAACUACAAAACUUUUCUCAAAGAACACGAAAGAAAGCUCUACUUUGCAAGACAUUAAUCAAUUGAAAGAGCAUGCCUGCCAAUUACUACAUGAAGGGCUUUUACAGCAAUCCGCAGAGACUGCUCAAGAAUGCAAGCAAUUAAUUUUGAAAACUUUCGGGACCGAUAGCGAACAUUUAAUUUAUGUAUUUAUUUUACUUGGUGAAUGCUACACUCAUUUAGCCAAAUUUAAAGAAGCAAAAUUUAACCUAUUAGAAGCCAAACGAAUUCUUGAUCGCAAGUUCAAUUCAAAAUCUGAAAAUCGAACACUAGCUCUGUAUUGCAUUCAAAUUUUUAACGAUUUGGGAUAUUUAAUGAAAUUACAGGGGAAAUACAAGUUGGCCAUUGAAAUGUAUCGAAAACACUUGAUGCUGAAACUCAAAUAUUUUCCAAGUAAUUCGAAUGAAGUAGCCUCGGCCUAUAACCAGCUUGGAGUGGUGUACACAAUGGUUGGAUCGUUUGACCAUGCAAUGGAAAGUCUCAAUCGAGCAAAAAAAUUACGAGAAGCACUCUUUGGUUCGUCACAUAUUGAAACUGCAACUGUAUAUAACAAUAUUGGAAAUGUAUAUUUAUAUAAGGGAGAAUAUUUAUCGGCCUUAAAUCAGUACAAACAAGGAAAGGAAAUCAUUGAAAAUUGUGGAAUGAUAGAUCAUCCUGAUUUUGCAACGUCACUUGUCAACAUGGCUACUUGUCUCAAAGGUUUGAAACAAUACGAGGAAAGUUUACUAUUGUACGAGAAGGCGCUCAAUAUUCGAGAGAAAGUUCUGGGCGAACGUCACAACUCGACCAUUUCAUGUUUUGUCAUGAUUGGAAAUUUACAUUUAUGUUCUGGAAAUUUGAAACAAGCCGAGGAUUACAUUUCUCAUGCCACUUCCAUACGAGAACAUGAUUUGGGACUGAAUAACGUCGACACAGGAUUUUGCUAUCUCUCCAUGGGAAAUAUCAAACAACAAGCUGGAGAAUAUGAAUUGGCGCUUGGCUAUUAUCGGACUGUGAAGGAAAUAUUUUUGGAACACUUUGGAGAGAAACAUCCAGACACGCUCUUAGUGUACGAAAAUAUGGCAUCCGUAUAUAUGAGCAUGGGAAAUUGGAAUGCUGCUCUUGAAUUGCUCUUUAAAAUGGUCAAUGCUCAGCAAGAGCUUUCACAACAUCCGUCCUUAGCGACCAUCUUUAACAAUAUUGGAAAUAUUUUUCGACAACAAGGAAGAAACGAUGAGGCGUUUGAGUAUUAUCAAAAAGCACGGCUUAUCUUUGAGAAGGUUUAUGGCUUUGAACAUGAAUGGAAUGCUGUCAUUUAUACCAAUAUUGGUCACUUGUAUUUUUCCUCAUUUCAAAACAACACCAAUGACGUUGAAAUGAUUAAGGCAUUGUCUAAAAACUCUGGAAAGCCAUUGAAUCGAUCAAGUUGUACCAUGAGGAGAAGCAGUAUUGGUAUGCUUUCUCCAGAAGAAUCUCGCUCCUUCAUUCAAAAUUUAAAAAUUAAUGAAGCUCUCAAGUUCUACACACAGGCAAAAUCCAUACGAGAGCGACUUUUUGGAUCACAGCACAUGGAAACAGUCAAGUCCUAUCAAAACUUGGCACUCGUAUAUUCUGCCAUGAAGAAUUACACACUUGCAUAUCAAUACAUUGCAAAUUGCAAAAAGAUACAAGAAAUGUAUUUCCCAAAUCAAGAAAUAGAAAUGAAGGAAACGUCAAGAAUCAUGGCAGAAAUUGUGCGAGAGAGUUCUGGCAAAGUCAAUCGAAAGAGUAGUGGAGUUUUUAUUGCAAGCAGUCCAGCACGAGUUGGAAACCAUGCAGCACGGAACAAUAAUCAAACACACAUCACAGUCUCUACUUCUAUCACGGGAAGUCGUUCAUUGAACUCUCUCCUCAAGAAUAACAAUACGUAUACGUAG